UCUCCUCUCAGGAGCCAGGGACAAACAGCACUGCCCAGAGAGUGAGCAGGAGAGAGGGUCCUUCGGGAGGCCAAAGAGGAUUUUAGAGAAGAGGAGAGAGAGACAGAGCCACAAGUGUCUGGGCAGAAUCCAGAGCAGAGAGACAAGAAGCGUCUGGAACCAACUCCCCAAGGGCAAGACAGGCUGUGAGAGGAAGGGACAGGAGCUAUAGCAGAGCCAUUUCCAGAGCGAACAGGAAGGCAGAGGAGCAUCUACAGGCCAGUGGAAGUGAGGAGGGCAGGGUCUAGAGGCCCGGGCAGGCACGAUCGCCGAGGGGAUGAACUUCACCGUGGGUUUCAAGCCGCUGCUAGGGGAUGCACACAGCAUGGACAGCCUGGAGAAGCAGCUCCUCUGCCCCAUCUGCCUGGAGAUGUUCUCCAAGCCGGUGGUCAUCCUGCCCUGCCAACACAACCUCUGCCGCAAGUGUGCCAAUGACGUCUUCCAGGCCUCCAACCCUCUGUGGCAGUCCCGGGGCUCCACCACUGUGUCCUCGGGAGGCCGCUUCCGCUGCCCGUCCUGCAGACAUGAGGUGGUCCUGGACCGACACGGGGUCUAUGGCCUGCAGAGAAACCUGCUGGUGGAGAACAUCAUUGACAUCUACAAGCAGGAGUCCUCACGGCCACUGCACUCCAAAGCUGAACAGCAUCUCAUGUGUGAGGAGCAUGAAGAAGAGAAGAUCAAUAUCUACUGCUUGAGCUGUGAGCUGCCCACCUGCUCGCUUUGCAAGGUCUUUGGGGCCCACAAGGACUGCGAGGUGGCCCCACUGCCUGCCAUUUACAAACGUCAGAAGAGUGAGCUCAGUGAUGGCAUCGCAUUGCUGGUGGCAGGCAACGACCGAGUGCAAGCUGUGAUCACACAGAUGGAGGAGGUGUGCCAGACCAUCGAGGACAACAGCAGAAGGCAGAAGCAGUUGUUAAAUCAGAGGUUUGAGAGUUUGUGCGCUGUGCUGGAGGAGCGCAAGGGCGAGCUGCUGCAGGCGCUGGCGCGCGAGCAAGAGGAAAAGCUGCAGCAGGUCCGCGGCCUCAUCCGGCAGUACGGUGACCACUUGGAGGCCUCGAGCAAGCUGGUGGAGUUAGCCAUCCAGUCCAUGGAGGAGCCGCAGAUGGCGCUCUACCUUCAGCAAGCCAAGGAGCUGAUCAAUAAGGUCGGGGCGAUGUCCAAGGUGGAGCUGGCGAGUCGGCCAGAGCCGGGCUACGAGAGUAUGGACCAGUUCUCAGUGAGCGUGGAGCAUGUGGCUGAAAUGCUGAGGACCAUCGACUUCCAGCCAGGUGCUGCCGGGGAGGAAGACGAUGAAGAAGUGGUGUUGGAUGGGGAUGAAGGCGGCGUAGGGCCAGAUGAGCGGCCGGACGCGCCGGAAGGGCCGCACUGAGCCGGCUCGCAGUGGAGAGUCUGUGACCCCCCACCGAUGUGGAGGGAGAUCUGCGCAGCGGUGACCGCGCCCCCAG